AAUGUAGCCACCUUCUUCUGAAGAAUCUAUAAUUAAUUUUAUGGCCGUAACUGGAUGCUAGGAUUAUUAGAAAGCAUAAUCAUACAUUUAGAUGGCUGAAAAUAAGCUUGAUGUAUUAAAAUCCUUUAUUUAGACUGCUAUACAACUCUAUUUAGAUUUUGAGGGAGUAUAAAGUCAAACCACACAAUAGAAAACAUAAUAAGAUUAAUAAUAGUAGAGGUCGAACAUUUAAGAAACACCAAAGGGUAUAAUGUAUUGAUUAUAGAUGUAGGAAAUGUUUAAAGUUCUAAUUAAAGUAUUCAAAGAUAACCUUAAGAUGUUGCUUUAAUUGAAAAAUAUAGGAAAUAUCAAGAAGAAAAGAGAGCAAAUGAGGAUGGCAUAAUCAAAAAAACUUUUCAAUAUGGUGCAAAUUUCAUUUCUUAUUUUUGUAAUAUUUAAGCUUUUAUAUAGUUAAAAAUGCACCUAAUUAUGGCAAUGAAUUCUUAAAAUAUCUCAAACAACAUUAGAUUCAAACAGAAAUAGCAUUUUAAUCUGGAAAUUUCUUAGAAAAAUUGAAAAUAGCAAAUGAAGAAACUAGACCAUUAUUAGUUUAUAUACAUAAUCAUUAAAGUUUGAUGAUAUUGUAGAAAAUGUCUAAUUGCAAGGCCUUUGUCACAAAUAUAAAUAGAAAUUAUAAUAUAAUUGGUUUAUUGAGUAGUCCAUAGGUUUAUGAAUAAUUGCCAAACAAACCAGAUCCACCUGCAAUAUUAAUUUAUAAAUUAGAUAUAGUAGAUGAAGUUGCUUUAAUGGAACAGAUUUCUUUAUCAAUUGAUACAAAUUUUGAAGAAACAGCUUAAAAAAUUAAGUAAAUAAGGGCAGCUUUCAAUAAAGAAUAUAUUUAUAUUGAAAAUAUAAAAAAAGAAGUAAAUUCCCCUAAUUAAUUCAAUCAAAACUAUUAUCAUCAAAAUUAUCACCAAAAUUAAUAACUUUUUCACCAUGUUUAACAAUAAUAAUAGCCCUCUCAAGUUUAAAGAUAAAGAGAAGAUUAAAGAUAAAGAGAAUUAUUACUUUAAUAAUAAAAAGAAGCUUAUCAUUAUGCAGAACAAUAAGCAAUGGAGAAGAAAAGAAAAGAUGAAGAAUUAAGAUAAUAAGAAUAAGCUAAAUUAAUUGAAUAAUAACAAAAAGAAGUAUAUAAUAUAAAUUUAACAUAAUAAGGAGUAAAGAUUAUUGUAAAAAGCUUAAUUAUUAUCAAAUUUACCUGAAGAACCAUAAAAUUCUGAAGGUAUAUCGAUUCUGUUCAGAUUUGUAAAUGCAACUAGAACAAGAAGAUUUAAUUUUAAUGAUAAAAUCUAAGUAUAGAAUUAUUAUAUUAAGAUUUUAUUUGAUUUUGUACAAAGCUAAGAAGAUGAUUGUUUUCAUGAUCCAUAUGCUAAAAUUGAUUUAAUAUAAAAUUUCCCAAGACUAUCAUUAAAGGACAAGACUGAAUCACCUAUAAAAGAAGUUUUUAUUGAUUCUGAAAUGGAAUAAUUAAUUGUAGAUGAACAAGAGUGA